AAUGCAAAGUGCAAUUAGUUUAAUAAAACAAUAUUCUCCAUUGGCUGAGAUUAAUGAAGAUAAAAAAGAUAAAUUCUCAGAGCAUCUCGAAACUUUAGAAGAUCAGUGUAAAGGUGUCGUGGCAGAGAUUAUUGGAUUUAUACAUAUUCUCCACAAAGAGAUAUGUUACGAGAAAGGCUAUACGUACGAAACGCCAGCAUCAGAGGUUUCUAGAACUUGUGUUCAAUUUUUGAACACCAUUAUGGAACGGGAUUUAUCGUAUGAAGAAGCGAAACCUGUAAGCGAGAAGCUAAUGAAUCAGUUUACGAAUAUAUUUGAGAUUCAAGCUACCUGUUCAGGAAAUUUGGAUGCUAUUGAAGAAUUUUUUAGUAAUAGUUUAUUUAUGGAUUAUAUUGAGAAAGAUGUAUCUGAAGUUCAUAUUUCAAAGUGGCUUAAAAGUUUAUGCAAAGAGUUUCAACCGAAGAAAAAUGAUAAAAAUUCACAGUACUGGGCGGAGAAUAUAACAAAUACAUUUUCGUCAAUAUAUUCAAAUGUUUCUUCGAAAACUCUGUUAAAAUGUAAGGAUGAAGUUGUUGAAGGACUCUUAUUUUGGGCGAAAAUUGGGAUGAAAUAUAAGGAGGAUGAUACAUCAAAAGUCAUAUUUGUAGAAUUAGUCAACUCUAUGAUAAGUAUUUUUGAGCAGAUAGCUAACUCAUACAUGCUUACUGAUGUAAACCAGUCAGAAAUUUUUAAAAAUUGGUCUGACGAGAAGUUGGAGAAUUUCUUAUCCAGAUGCCAAAGUAUGCUAUUACAAGAUAAUUUUCCUCCUAACCCUCACCCGAAAGAUGCAAUGAGAUUAUUAAUAUCAGACUGCCUUGAGUCCUAUACAAAGGAAACUGAAAACGGAGUCCAUUUGGCACUUAUUCAUUCCUUUCACAAUAAAAUAAAUUGUACUGGAAACUCGGAAGCCCAGUCCAUAGUAGACGACCUGAAAUGUCCACUCGAAGAAAAGAUGAACCUAAUAAAUUUUGAAGCUGCUGGUAAAAAGAGCAUAGUUCAACAAUUUUUUGAAGAUAUAGAUAAUGUAAAGAAUACAAAGCAAGCAGACAAAGUAUGUUCAUACUACGAAAAGACGUUCAAUAGUGAAAUUCUCCCAGCUUUAAAAGGGGAUAUAGAAAUUAUGAAACAGUUUAUUAAAGUUAUCGUCAACAAUCCUUAUAGAUAUAUAAGUGACAAGUUCUUUAGUAAACCAGCCAAAACACAAAAACUAUUAAAUAUUAAAGCUAAUCCUACUUUGCUUAAAUUUAUAUUUGAUACAAUGUACGAAGCAAAAGUUGACUAUAAUGAAGAAUCCAAAUCAGCGUUUAAUGAUAUUGGUUAUGCAACUAAAAAUCAAUUAGAUAAAGAGAAUCUAUUCUCAAAGUUUAAAAAUGAUAUAUACGACUAUGUUGAAAGAAGUUUUAAUUUUGUAAAACAUCCUUAUCACAAUGCUGUUGAAGCAUUUAAUGCAACAGUUGAUUGGAAGGGACAAAUUGAAAGAUUUAAUAGAAUUGUAAUUAAAGUUAAAGCAAUUCUUGAGAAAGAUCAUUCGCAUUAUCGUCAAGCAGAUCCUAUUGUUACUGUAUUUCAAUUUACAAGUGAAUAUAUUAUGAAUAGUGCAAGGAAAAAUAAGAAAUUUAUUGAAUACGCGAAAAAUUUUGGCGACCUGUUCAAUUAUUGCUAUACUUUACCGUGGUUAGCGGAUGAAGAUUUAGAAGAGAAGUGGGGUCUAUUUCAGAUUGAUAGCCGAAGAACCUUGGCUGGAAGAAUUCUAUAUCUACUGAUGAGAGAUGUCUACAAAGAGAAUAAUGAUUAUGACGACUUUAUUAGACCAAUUGUUGGUACCUUAAAAAAGUUGAAAAAACAGGACGAUGAUGCCGAGCUUCAGGAAAUGGCCAUUGAGUUAUUGUCACUGUUAACUGAUCAAAUAGAACUUCUUGGUAAUGAUGCUGGUACUGAAAUAAUUAACGAAUUUUUAGAUGCACAAGACCCGUUCAAAUUAGAUAAAAUUGUUCCAUUAUAUAGUUCCAAUUCCGAUAUCAUUCAUGAGAGGCUUGACGAUAUCAUUGAAAUCGCAGAACAAAAUGAGAGUUUUGGUACGGCGCAUAUGACACAACUAAUUGACAAAAUCGCCGAAGCUAAUCCCAAACAAAUAACAAAACGAUGUUUUCAAUAUUUAAUCGAUGUUCUCCAUACUGAUUUCUGUUCUUCAGCUAUUUCUCCACUUCAAAAAUUGACAAACAAACGUUUUGAAUUAUUUAAAGACACUCAGAAAAUAUUUAAAGAUCAUGUAGAAAAUCAUAAAUACGGAGGUUUCUUCUUAAGUCUUUUACCAGACUUGUCUAGAACACAGGAAUUAGCCAAUUACUAUGCUAAAAUAAUUUGGAACUAUAUCCAAAAAGGAAAAUCUGAUCAUGAAAUUGCUGCACUUUACGCAUUAAGAUCACUGGCAUUAAGAUUUAAAGAACCUGUUGCCGCCUAUAGAAAAGAGCUCGAUAUUAUGAAAAACGAUGUCAAACUUAAAGAUUAUGUGAUGUAUAUUAUAGACGUUCUCGAAGGUAGAUCUUUAGAAACGGUUGCCAAUGAUGUUCAAGAACAGAGGGAAGAUAUCGAUAACCUUGAUUCCAGAGUCACUGAAAAUGAAGAAAAGAUUGUUGUUCUCGAUACCGAUGUUAAAGAAACAAAGAAAGAUGUUGCUGAUGUAAAACAAGAUGUAAAAGAAACAAAGAAACGCAUUGAUCAAAUUGAAUAUACAAUGAAAGGACUCGACGAAAGAGUUGAACAAUUAAAUCAUAUGACUCUAUCACACGCUCCAGCAUGGUCUCGUCAUGUUUCUGAAUUAAUGAAUGAUCAAUCUGAUAAUGAUUGGAGACUUCUCUCUAUGAAAUUGAACUAUUCUAAUGAUGAUAUUCGAAAUUGGGCUACUCAACCAGAUCCUUGUCUGUCAAUGUUGGACGAAUGGUUCGCUACACACAAAACUAGAGAAGCUACUUUUGCUAUUUUAAAUAAUUUGAAAGAAAUGAACAGACUCGACGCUGCAGAAAUUGUAGAAAAUGCUUUAGCUUCUGUCAAAAAUGUUGUUAAAGAUGAUGAAGACGAAGAAUUUGAAAAACCCGAAAUAUUCCUCAGCUAUCAAUGGGGACAUCAACAAGAAGUUAAAAUGUUAAAGAAACACCUAGAGAUGGCCGGCUUUAAAGCCUGGAUGGACAUUGGUCAAAUGGGUGGAGGCGAUAAACUAUAUGCAAAAAUUGAUGAUGGUGUAAGAUCAGCUAAAGUAAUCAUUAGCUGUGUAAGUGAGAAAUAUGCAAAAUCAGCCAAUUGUUGUAGAGAAGUAAAUCUAUCAACUAACCUUGGUAAACCAAUGAUUCCUUUACUUAUGGAAAAACUACAAUGGCCGCCUGCUGGUCCAAUGGGUCCAAUUAUGUCGGAAUAUCUAUAUGUUCAAUUCUUCAAAAAUGGAGGAAUGCAAAAAGGUGAUACUGUAUUUUGGAUGCCUCCUAAAUUUCAAGAACUACUGAUGCAAAUUCGAUACUAUGUUGUUCCGGAUAUGAAAUUAAUAACUAAAGAUUCUCCAUAUGCUGGAUGGAUGAAUCCACCUGAAGAAGAAAUAAUAAUACCAAAGAGAGAGCAAAAGGCUGUAGAAUCCAAAACAUCGAAUGCUAAAAGUGAAGAAGAAGAAGUGAUAAGUCCCGAUGUUUUCAUCUCUUAUCAAUGGGAUAAACAACCUCAAAUCAAACGCCUAUAUAAGAAGUUGAGUGGAUUGGGAUAUCAUUGUUGGCUGGACAUAAUGCAAAUGGGUGGUGGAGAUUCACUAUUUGAUAAAAUUGAUAAAGGAAUCAGAGGUUGUAGAGUUGUUAUUUCCUGUGUCACACCGAAAUAUGCUUUAAGUGCUAAUUGUCGAAGAGAAGUUUCAUUAUCGGGAGCAUUAAAUAAACCAAUCAUACCAUUAUUAUUGGACAAUAUGAAGUGGCCUCCAGAGGGACCAAUGUCAAUGGUAUUUACUCAACUGUUAUAUAUAGGUUUUCACAGGAAGAAAGAUGAUAAACUAUGGGAAGGCGAUGAGUUUAAUCAAUUAAUUUCGAAAAUUGAUAUGAAUGCGCCUGGUUGUAAAAUUGAGCAGCAAUCGUCAAGCUCUAAGGAAGCAACAAACAAUACCAAAGAGAAGAAAGAUGCUAAAAAUGAAAUUGAAAAGAAAAAUGCACAAACACAGAAAACAGAGAAAAGAGAUGAAGUGCCUAAGAAGGAAGAAGCUAAAAUAGCAUCUGAAAGAAAGGAUAACAAAGAGACAAAUUCAAAACAAGUGGAAAAAGAAAAAUCAGUUGAAAGAAAAGUUAGAAAAGAAGAUAUGAAAAAAGAGAAAAAUGUUGGAAAUGGAACUAAACAGCCUGAACAAUCUCCUGAAAAACCUAAGCCAACAUCUGAUAAAACUAAUUCUACUCCUCCGGCCAAAAAAUCAUCGACAUGUAGUAUUUUAUAAUUAUCACUAUAGGAUAUAUUAAAUGUAAAUUAUUCAGUUUCUGUUAUAUAUACAG